UCUUGUAUCACCGCAGCGGCGCCCCGUGAUCAACUCUCUGGCCCUCACCCUCCUGCCCUCGACCUCCUGAUCCCACCUCUGCCUGGUUGCACCUGUCCCUCAGCUGCCCUGCAGCCUUCACACCUUGGCAACCUGCCCCAGCUCCCAGCCCUUGACCUGCCAACUGGAUCACUCACCAGCCAGCAUCCUGGUCCCCCCAGCAGGAGCCUCGUAG